AAGUAACUUCUUCGGUUUCUCGAGAUACCUUCGAGCAGCGGUGCAGGACACUAACGUUAGCUAACCAAAGUAUUGUUUAUUUAUUCUUUAUGUGACACCGUGACUGUAAUAUAUAUAUAUUUACCGUUAGCUUAAAUAAUAUUUGUAAUGCCCGUCAGCCUCCACUCACACGUCCCUGCCCGGUUUAACAUGGUGAACGCGGAUGAAAUCGCCAGAUUGUGCUACGACCGUUUCAACCAACUUCCCCGGAGAGGGAAGCCUGAGCCGGGCAGAGAGUGGACCCUGCUGGCCGCUGUGGUGAAAAGCACCCGAUGUGCUGACUCUGACACAGUUGAAAAGGAGGUUGUUUCCCUGGGAACUGGGACCAAAUGUAUUGGAAGCACAGCUAUGAGUCCCAAUGGUGAUGUGCUUAAUGACAGCCACGCAGAAGUCAUUGCCAGACGGGGAUGUAUCAGGUACCUGAUCCAGGAGCUGCACACGGCCGUGAGUGGUGGGGACAGCUCGGUGUUUUGUCAGGCAGAUCAGCGAGGGAAAUGGAAGCUUCGGCCGGGUGUUUCCUUCCUCUUUUUUACCAGUCACACUCCCUGUGGUGACGCCUCCAUCAUCCCCAUGACUGACAGCCAGUCUCAGCCCUGCCCUCCUGUCACAUCUGUAAAGGCCUAUAAUGGGACUAAUGGAGGAGGAAACCUGAAAAGGAAAGCAGAGGAACCAAGUGAUGGGAAAAACACUAAACUGCCCCGUGUGGAGGAACAGGAGACAGCAGAGACACAGCUCGAGGACAGAGGAGAACCGAAACAAUCCUUCCUGCCAGAUUCAUCUAAAACCGAAGCUCCAUCACAGAGUCACUCCACAGAAACGCGUGUGGAAACUGUCUCCUCUGAUAGUCCUGGACUGCAUCCACAGGUCCCAGACAUUCACAGAACGGGGGCCAAGUGUGUCCCGGGUGGCCUGGCUGACUCUCUACAUCCCGGGGUGGGGUACCACAGCACGGGGCUGCUCCGGGUAAAGCCUGGGCGAGGAGAGCCGACUCUGUCCCUCUCCUGCAGUGAUAAGCUGGCCCGCUGGGGGGUGCUGGGCUUCCAGGGUGCACUGCUGUCCCACUACCUACAGGAGGCGCUGUACUUCAGCACGGUGGUUGUGGGGAAGUGUCCAUAUAGCCAAGAAGUUAUGCACAGAUCUCUGGUCACAAGGUGCUUCUGUGUAUCGGACCUCCCUGCUGGGUUCUCUGUGUGCCCACCUGUGUUGCUCCAGUCCAGCCUGGAGUUCCCCUUCAGCCAGGGCCAGACUGAGCUCCGACACCAGACCGGACAGGGACGUAUCUCCCCCUGUGGGGCAGCCAUCAGCUGGUGUAAUGUGACUGAGCAGCCACUAGAUGUCACUGCCAACGGCUACAAACAUGGAGUCACAAAGAAGGCCCUCGGCACAGCUAAAGCCAGGUCUCUUCUGUGUAAACUGGAGCUUUUCCAUUCCUUCUUGUCUCUGGCAUCAGCCACUGACCCUUCAGCACUUCCUGACUCUCUCAGGAGAACAGAGCUGCAGACUUACUGGGACUACAAGCAGGCGUCUCAGUCGUACCAGCAGGCCUGGCAGCAGCUACGCAGCCAGGCCUUCCCUCUGUGGCCACGCAGUGACAGAGAUCUCCUGCUCUUCCGCUGAAAGCCCGCUCUCUGCUGCUGAAAUGUCCUCGUGGAGGCUGAUGAAAAACUGCCUUUGUUGUAGCAAGAACUUGGAGGUCACAGGUCAAAAUAAAGGCUGGUAUGCAAGUAUUGCUUUUCAACAACAACUCCUCUGGAUGCAAGAGCCUGUGAAACUCACAUUUCAAAGAAAAGAUGUCAGUAACAUACUGGUGAAUAAUAUUGGAAAGUGUUUAUCGUGUCACACUUUCAAUAAAAGGACUAAUCUGA